ACGCUGGCCUGCUUUGGAAGCUCCUGGGCUCCACCAAGAAGAUCAAUGUCAACUUCCAGGACCCAGAUGGCUUCUCCGCCCUGCACCACGCAGCCCUCAAUGGCAACACGGAGCUGAUCAGCCUGCUGCUGGAGGCCCAGGCGGCCGUGGACAUCAAGGAUAACAAAGGCAUGCGGCCCUUGCACUACGCGGCCUGGCAGGGCCGGAAGGAGCCCAUGAAGUUGGUGCUGAAGGCGGGCUCAGCUGUGAACAUCCCAUCUGACGAGGGCCACAUCCCCCUGCACCUGGCAGCCCAGCAUGGGCACUACGACGUGUCCGAGAUGCUGCUGCAGCACCAGUCCAACCCGUGCAUGGUGGACAACGCGGGGAAGACGCCCCUGGACUUGGCCUGCGAGUUCGGCCGUGUUGGGGUAGUGCAGCUGCUCCUGAGCAGCAACAUGUGUGCGGCGCUGCUAGAGCCCCGGCCGGGGGGCACUGCAGACCCCAAUGGCACCAGCCCCCUGCAUCUGGCGGCUAAGAAUGGCCACAUCGACAUCAUCAGGCUCCUGCUCCAAGCUGGCAUGCAGAGCGGGAUCAACGCCCACGUGAGGAACACCUACAGCCAGACGGCCCUCGACAUCGUGCACCAGUUCACCACAUCCCAGGCCGCCAAGGAGAUCAAGCAGCUCCUGCGAGAGGCCUCCGCAGCCCUGCAGGUCCGGGCCACCAAGGACUACUGCAACAACUAUGACCUCACCAGCCUGAACGUCAAGGCCGGGGACAUCAUCACGGUCCUUGAGCAGCACCCGGAUGGCCGCUGGAAGGGCUGUAUCCAUGACAACCGGACAGGCAAUGACCGGGUGGGCUACUUCCCGUCUUCCCUGGGUGAGGCCAUUGUCAAGCGAGCAGGCCCCCGGGCAGGCACAGAGCCAAGCCCACCCCAGGGAGGCAGCUCAGCAGGCGCGGGGCCCUCCGUGCCCCCGGAGGAGAUCUGGGUGCUGAGGAAGCCUUUCACAGGUGGAGACCGCAGUGGCAGCUUGAGUGGUGUGGCCAGCAGCCGGAGCAGCGGGGGCCAUGCCCUGCAUGCGGGCUCAGAAGGAGUCAAGCUCCUGGCGACAGUGCUGUCCCAGAAGUCCAUCUCGGAGUCCAGCCCAGGAGAUAGCCCCAUCAAGCCUCCGGAGGGCUCAGCAGGUGUGGCCCGUUCCCAGCCUCCGGUGGCCCAUGCUGGCCAGCUCUAUGGCGAGCAACUGCCCAAGAAGCUGGAGGCCACGUCAGAGGGCAAGAGCGCCGAGGCGUUCGGCCAGUGGCUGGCCACGUUCCAGCUGCAGCUCUACGCCCCCCACUUCGUCAGCGCCGGUUACGACCUGCCUACCAUCAGCCGCAUGACCCCCGAGGACCUCACGGCCAUCGGUGUCACCAAGCCAGGCCACCGGAAGAAGAUAACAGCAGAGAUCAGCGGCCUGAGCAUCCCCGACUGGCUGCCUGAGCACAAACCCGCGAACCUGGCUGUGUGGCUGUCCAUGAUCGGCCUGGCCCAGUACUACAAGGUGCUGGUGGACAACGGGUACGAGAACAUCGACUUCAUCACCGACCUCACCUGGGAGGACCUGCAGGAGAUCGGCAUCACCAAGCUGGGACACCAAAAGAAGCUGAUGCUGGCCGUGAGGAAGCUGGCGGAGCUGCAGAAGGCAGAGUGCGCCAAGUACGAAGGGGGGCCUCUGCGCCGGAAGGCACCCCCGUCGCUCGAGGUGAUGGCCAUCGAGUCACCGCCCCCACCUGCGCCAGCCCCGGCAGACUGCCAGUCUCCGAAGAUGACCACCUUCCAGGACAGUGAGCUCAGUGGUGAGCUGCAGGCUGCUCUGACUGGCCCAGCAGAGGGGGCCGCUGCCGCUGCUGAGAAGCCCUCCGACCACCUGCCACCCACCCCAAGGGCCGCUGUGCACCAGGAGCCCAGCCUGAGCGGACGGGCACGGCACAUGAGUGGCUCACAGGAGUUGCUGGGCGGUGGCCCCCCGGGGCCUGGCAGCCCCAUGUCACGCAGCCAGGAGUACCUGCUGGGUGAAGGGCCGGGCCCCAGCACGCCCCCCAAGGAGGCCCGACCCAGCCGUCACGGCCACAGCGUCAAAAGGGCCAGUGUGCCUCCAGUGCCCGGUAAGCCUCGGGAGGCACUCCCGCCUUUUGGGGCCGCCCACUUCGCGCCCCCACAGCCGCCCCCCAAAGCCCGGCCAGGCUCCCCUCAGGCCCUCGGGGGGCCUCACGGGUCAGCCCCAGCCACAGCCAAAGUGAAGCCCACCCCACAGCUGCUGCCACCGACGGAGCGACCCAUGUCACCCCGCUCACUGCCUCAGUCACCCACGCAUCGUGGCUUUGCCUGUGUACCGCCCUGGCCUGCAGAGGGCGAGGCAGGGCCCCCUGCACCGGGGCCUCCUGUGCCAGCGCCCGGGCCCCCUCCUGUGCCAGCGCCCGUGCCCUUGUUGUGCCUGCCCCCCGAGGCCGAUGCAGAGCCUGGGCGCCCCAAGAAGCGUGCCCACAGCCUGAAUCGCUAUGCAGCGUCCGACAGCGAGCCUGAGCGGGACGAGCUGCUGCUGCCCAGCGCAGCCGGGGCCUAUGCGACAGUCCAGCGGCGCGUGGGCCGCAGCCACUCCGUGAGGGCGCCUGCCGGCGCUGACAAGAACGUCAACCGCAGCCAGUCCUUUGCCGUGCGGCCCCGCAAGAAGGGGCCUCCGCCACCCCCACCUAAGCGCUCCAGCUCAGCCAUGGCCAGUGCCAACCUGGCCGAUGAGCCGGCGCCGGACGCCGAGACUGAUGGCCGGCUGGGAGUCCGGGCACAGCGCAGGCGGGCUAGUGACCUGGCUGGCAGCGUGGACACAGGCAGUGCCGGCAGCGUGAAGAGCAUCGCAGCCAUGCUAGAGUUGUCAUCCCUCGGCGGUGGGGGCCGGGCCGCUCGCAGGCCUCCUGAAGGCCACCCCACGCCACGCCCUGCCAGCCCAGAGCCGGGCCGGGUGGCCACAGUGCUGGCCUCGGUGAAGCACAAGGAAGCCAUUGGGCCUGACGGCGAGGUGGUGAACCGGCGCCGCACACUCAGUGGGCCUGUCACUGGGCUUCUGGCUGCUGCCCGCCGGGGCCCUGGGGAACCCGCGGACCAAGGCCACCCUGUAGAGGACGGCGCUGCCCGGCUACGGCCUCGAGGCCCAGCCAAGGGUGAGGCCAGCACAGAGGGCCCGCCCCUGGCCAGGGUGGAGGCCAGCGCCACACUCAAGAGGCGCAUCCGGGCUAAGCAGAACCAGCAGGAGAACGUCAAGUUCACCCUGACCGAGACAGACACGGUCAAGCGCAGGCCCAAGGCCAAGGAGCGGGAGGCGGGGCCAGAGCCAUCCCCACCACUUUCCGUGUACCAGAACGGCACAGGCACCGUGCGCCGCAGACCCGCCUCUGAGCAGGCUGGCCCCCCUGAGCUACCCCCACCGCCGCCCCCUGCUGAGCCCCCACCCACAGGCCUGUUGCACCUGCCCCCACUGCCCCUUGAUGGUGAUGCUCGGAAGCCGGCCAAGCCCCCUGUUUCUCCCAAGCCUGUCCUGGCUCAGCCUGUGGCCAAGGUCCAGGGCUCACCCACACCUGCCUCCAAGAAGGUGCCGCUGCCAGGACCUGGCAGCCCAGAGGUGAAGCGCGCCCACGGCACGCCGCCGCCCGUGUCCCCCAACCCCGCCGCCGCGGAAGAGAAGAGCACCGGCAGCAUCCUGGACGACAUCGGGAGCAUGUUCGACGACCUGGCGGACCAGCUGGACGCCAUGCUGGAGUGA